CACCACACAACUUGUAUUUGACUUUUCAAAUAAUAGCUCCAGAUUUAGUGGAAAAAUUGUCUGACCACUUUAAGCUUUUGUGGUUAUUUGAUUAUAAACGACGUCAACGAUUAUGGAGACGAUGCAGGAGGCUAAACUCGACAUGUACGACGAUGCCAUGUAUGGUGUUGACCCUCAAAAUGUAGAAGGAGAAAUGACUGUCGGCUCUGUACCACAAAAAGCAAAUCUUGGAGAGCCAGAUUUCAACACAUUGGAUGAGCCUAUCCGAGAUACAAUUCUGAGGGAUGUCAGAGCUGUGGGAAAGAAAUUCUUCCACGUUAUUUACCCAAAAGAGAAAAAAAGUUUAUUGAAAGAAUGGGAUCUUUGGGGUCCGCUGGUACUUUGCACAUUUAUGGCAAUGAUAUUGCAAGGUUCUUCCGACACACCCAACUCGAACGACGGAGGUCCAGAAUUUGCAGAAGUUUUUGUUAUAGUUUGGAUCGGUUCAAUGAUUGUAACGCUGAACUCAAAACUAUUGGGUGGCAAUAUAUCUUUCUUCCAAAGUGUUUGUGUUCUGGGAUACUGUUUACUGCCAACGACAAUUGCACUAAUUGUCUGUAGAGUAAUAUUGACAAUGGAACAGACAACGUUCUUGUUUUUCUUGCGAUUUGUCAUUUCAGUAAUAGGAUUUGCUUGGGCGACUUAUGCAUCAAUGGUGUUUCUCGGAGACAGUCAACCACCAGGAAGGAAAGUUUUAGCAGUUUAUCCGAUAUUUCUAUUUUACUUCGUGAUUUCAUGGCUAGUGAUAUCGCACACGACAUGAAACUGCUCGAGAUUUCAUGUUUGGGGCUGUAAAAAAAGAAACGAAAAAAAGUAAAGACAAAGUGAAUGUUCAGCACAAAUCCAAAACACUUUAUAAUCCAACAUUCAAGAGGAAAGUUCUUUGCUGGUCCAAACUUUGUUGCACUUUCGAUCUGCUGGACCAGUGAGAAAAUGAUUUCUUAAUCGUUUUGGCUCAUUGUUCCGAUCUCUUCCCGAAGAUGUUCAUAACUCAAACCUCUUUUUCGCAUUCCAAAUCGUCAAUUAGUAGCGAGAGAUUCAGUCCAAGCUCGAUUUGUACUCAUAAUUGGAGUCUAUACCUUGUUGGUCACAUGCUCGAUCGAAAUUUCCUUUUUUACCAACACAAAACACAACGUUAGAAGGCGAUUGCGUAGUUGAAGUUUGCACCAUUGGAAUUCAACAGCAUUUUUUGUUACUUUCUGCAACAUUUUUGUGCAAAUCAACACAAAAAAUGUUAACAGUUUGAAAUAUGAAAGUACUUGAAGCAACGGUAAUCACCAUUCCCGUUCCAAUGACCCAAAUUUCAAUAACGCAGGCGAUAGUUCCUUUUUGUUGUUUGUUCUUCAGUUUUUUUUUACAUUGCAUCAUUCUAGCCAGUAUUUACCGAAUAACGAAUAAUGUUUUUACCAAAAUCACAAUUGCAUCAACGUUUGGUAUUCAUGUAUAUUGUAUAUAAUAUUUAUGUAUAGACGACAUUAAAAAUAAUUGAAACAAAAAAAAACGAAGAUGAAAUUCUUGA